AGAAAAUUGUGCACCACACGCGCGAUGUGAACGACGCUGUAGCUUUUUCUAACCUCUAUGUUUCGCGCGAAAAGCAACAUCUUUAAUAAAUAGGUUAAUACGUUAAAACGAGGCAUUAGUAAUAUAGUUAACGAGGUAACAUCGCUAAAAUAUACAAAUAAAUGAAAAAUGACGCGACUUAAAGCGAUUAUCGAAGAUGUAGUUGCACAGUCAAGCAAAAUUCAGCCAAUUAUUGUGAACUUUCAAAAUGGUGAGCUGAAAGAUGAAGAAGUCAAGGAGAUGUCAUGUGGCAUGUUCCGUGAUCAAAAAGAGAACAAAACUGUGUUGGCCUUGUCAAGUGGACACAUUGUUUAUAAGGGUUACAGACCGGAUUGUAAGAAAGAGUCGACUCGAACGAUGCUGGUACUUCACAACAAAAAGACAGGCAAGGUACGGUUAUUCGAAACUGAGCGGUGGCAAGUAACGCCGGUGCUCGAAAAACCUGACAUCGAGGUCAACCAGGACGACGUGGACGAGAAGAUUAUUAUCCUGAACAAACAAUUCGGAUCCAAGAAAGUUAAACGUAGAACCGAGCAAUUUGAGAGACUGAAAGUGAAUGUCGAUACCAUUAAGGACCAACUCGAGCAAACAGUGUCAAAUGUUGAAAUCGACAGGCUAGAUUUAUCGAAUCAAUUACAAGCUGAGGACUGUAUCUCAAAUACGAUCCUACCUGCGUGUAAUAGGAAUGCGAGUAAUGUCAAAGAUGUGUACAAUGUGUACGAUAUUAUUCCCAAGAGUAAAUUGGAAACGUUACACGAGCACGCGAUGGAGGCUCUCAAUGGAGACGUGGAAGGGAAGGGGAAAUUUUUCAAACGCACUUUAAGAACCAUACAAUCCGAUCCGGACAGUGUGAACAAAGUCGCUCUUUUGCUCUACAUUGAAAUGAUCAACGCGUGGUUCGCCAUGCCGCUGAGGAACGCGAAGAAACGCGACGUUGUCGUGUGCCCGAUUUCCGAGGAGGUGAAUCAGCAUAUUAUCGACACGUACAGCGUGCCCAGCUCGAACGGACGGAUGCGGCCGAAUACGAUGAAGGACAAAGGCCUCGUGCACUGCAUUAUUCUCGCGCUGACGAUAUUGAACUUCACGCUGGACUUGGAACUGUUCCGCAUCAUGCUCGAAACGCGAACGAGUCUCAAAAAGCUGACGGAUCUCGCGAAGAUUAUCGGGGCGGUGUCCACUAAAGAGGAUAAGAAGGUCAUCAUGCUUAAAGUUCCGCUGCCACCACCAGUGUCGCUUGUUAAGAGAGGAAAGAGAUCAGUGAAAACUAAUUAGCGAUUUUGUUAAGCGAUAGAUUUUAAUAUGUUUGACAGUAUAGAAUUAUGUUUUAAAUAUUUUCCAGACCUCUUCUGAAAAACUAGAAAAGUUUACAUGUGCUUUGUACAGUUACAAAAUUACGUUGUCUCGUGUGAUGUAAAUAUCUGAAAUACAUACUGAACUACAUACAUCUUACACUCUUACACAUCGAUACACAUUCUCUUCGACUUUUAUAGAUUUAAUAAAGAGAUAUUUAAAUUAUAUACUCCAAAAAAA